AUGUCCGAUGUAAACAUGGAGAAGUUUGCUGUGCCAGAGUUUAUACCUGAUCGAUAUGUAAAAGACCUAGCGAAGUCAUGUGUCGGAGGGGAGGAACUGCAGCAGCAGAAGGAAAAAAUUCAAAAUUUAGCCGAUGAGACAGCUAGUGCUCUUAAGAAAAAUGUUUAUGAGAACUACAUGCAGUUUAUUGAGACUGCAACGGAAAUAUCCCACCUAGAAGCUGAAAUGUAUAAACUGUCUCACUUGCUUAGUGAGCAGCGCACAGUGCUUACGACAUUAUCCCAAGCCUCAAUUUUAGGUAACGAUAACACAAUAUCACGGGAGUCACUUGACAAUCACGAUUUGGAGGCGGAGAGGGCCGAAGAGCAACAAGAGUUAGAUGUACUCAUAGUAGAGAGACACUUCCAAAAGACUUAUGAGUUAAUGGUGUCCGCUCAGAAGCUACUUAAUAGUGAUGAAUUCAAAAUUCAUCCACAAAGAGACGAUAUUUUAAAGAGAAUUGAACAGAAACAGAAAGCUUUAACUGACAUAUUACUUAAAGAACUUGAUUCCGUUAUAACUGUACAGAAAGUUGGUUUGCAACUAGUGACAAAGGAUAUGAUGGAUGUCUUGGACGAAUGUAUUCAUGCAGUGUUCAACAGUCGCCUUAUGCUCUCUAUAGGGAAUGACUCGAGUUAUGCUCAGAAUAAUUUCAAGUUUAUUUUAGACACAGUCAUGCCACUAAUGCUAAGGUGUUAUAAGGAAGAGGUUGGUUAUGAUAAUGAGAAAUUAAUGUCAUUGGGAAAGAAGUUUGGUGUGAAAGUGUCAUCCCCAAAGAAAUCUAACAUCACAAAGUAUACAAGUAAUGAAUAUUUA